AUGACUCUCUACAGAAUAGAUGAAGCGCUCAUCUUCCUGCUUGUUAUCGUGAUGACAGGAGGAGAGGUGCAGGAGAAACUCUCACCUGAAUGUAAACAGUUCUUGUACAUGGGGACAUUGCCUCAAGGGCUUGAGGAUCAGCCGUUUAAAAAGAUUUGCCAGUUCUACCUAGGAAAACCCCGAUAUGUCACUUUAUAUGACACUGUCAACCGGAUCCCUGUCUACUCUGCAUACACCUUCAAGCGCACGGAUGGCUUCAGGAGGGCAGAUGUGCCUUGGAUGUAUGAACCACAGCUCUCCACCCUGUCUGAGUCUCGAGACAUGCAGCACUUCCCUUCAGAAGAUAUUCAUAGUAGUUUUGCAGAUGCUCAGGCCGUGCUGGAAGACUACUCUAACACUGUGAUCUUUGAGCGAGGCCAGCUGAAUCCAGAGGAGCACCAGGACGACCUUGAUGACAAAGCAGCCACCUACACUCUAACAAAUGUAGUUCCUCAGGUCCGAGAGUUCAACAUCGGCCCCUGGAAACACUUCGAGCACACCAUCCGCAAACGGCUCAACAACUACUGUCGAGGAACGGCCUACGUGGUCACCGGGGUCACGACCUCUGGGCAAACAAUCCGCCGUCAGAACAUCAACCGCUUAGGCAUCCCCACCUUCCUCUGGUCAGCCUACUGUUGUGUUGAUUUUGACCACAAUGCUCCAUACUCUGAGCGUUCCAAGUUCCCUGCCUUUGCAUCUAACGGGCUCAAUGACCGUGACAAUAAUAAGGUUCAAGAGAUGACAGUCCAGCAGCUGGAGGAGUUUCUCAAGAGGGUAACUUAUGUUGGCAAGUCUUUCCAGCUCUUCUAUGACAACUGUGUUCCUGCUAGUAGUGAUAACAAUGCCUUGCACCAGACUUAA